AGGCAAGGGACCACCUCUGGAGCUCUCUGGCUGAGUGUAAGUUUGUAAUUUGAUGGUCAGAGAGGGGCACAGCUAACACAGCAACUCCUGCCCCCUCAGGGGCAAAACAACAGGUCCUAGCUUGUGCCUUAUGCACAAAGGAGAAGUAGAAGUUCCUGAAGACCACUUCUAGCUGAGAAGCUUUUCUGCGCUCGAAUCAUGGCCUGGCUGCUGCCCAGGCGUUGCUACCUAAAAGUCUGUUCUCAGACCUCUAGAGGCCCUUUUUUGUCCAGCAUAGUGCGAGCCUGGAGCGGUGGGCCCCUGACAGCAUAUAUGCCAGAAGCUGUUUCCUUUCCUGGAUCAAAGAACCACCAGGGCCUUUACAGGAUGUCAGUGGAGCAAGUGGAUACAUUCUGGGGGACACUAGGACGGAACCGACUCACAUGGAUCAGCCCCUUUCACUCUGUCCAGGACUGUAACCUAGAGCAGGGCUGGGUUGCCUGGUUCCUGGGAGGACAACUGAAUGUAGCAGUGAAUUGUUUGGAUCGACAUGUCCACAGAGCUCCGAACAAAGUGGCCCUGAUCUGGGAGAAAGAUGAACCUGGGAAAGAGGUCCAGAUUACAUACCGGGAACUAUUGGAGUUGACAUGCCGAUUGGGAAACACCUUGAAACGGCAGGGAGUGAAGAAAGGUGACCGGGUCACUAUCUACAUGCCCCCAUGCCCUCUGGCUGUGGCAAGCAUGCUUGCAUGUGCCCGGAUAGGAGCCAUACACAUGCUGGUAUUUGCUGGAUUCAGCGCUGAGGCUCUAGCUGACAGAAUCCAGGAUGCUCAAUCAGAGACAGUGAUCACAGUAAAUCAGGGGCUCCGAGGGGGUCGGGUUACUGAGCUGAAGCAGACAGUGGACCAGGCUGUGAAAUGGUGCCCGAAGGUGAAACGAGUUCUGGUUUCCAUGAGGACCGAGCAAAAGGUUCCCAUGUCAGACCUGGAUGUGCCGCUGGAUGAGGAAAUAAUGAAAGAGGACGUGUGCUGUGAGCCUGUUGCCAUGGACAGUGAAGACUUGCUAUUUCUUCUUUACACAUCAGGCAGUACUGGCAAACCCAAGGGGCUGGUCCAUUCUCAGGCAGGCUACUUGCUCUACGCUGCCCUCACACAUAAGUAUGUGUUUGAUUACCAUGAUGGGGAUGUGUUUGGCUGCGUCGCAGACAUUGGUUGGAUCACAGGGCACAGUUAUGUGGUGUAUGGCCCUCUCUGCAAUGGAGGUACAACCGUCCUCUUUGAGAGCACACCUUUGUACCCUGACCCUGGACGUUACUGGGAAACAGUGGAGAGGCUACGAAUUAACCAGUUCUACGGGGCACCCACAGCGAUUCGCCUGCUGCUGAGAUAUGGGGACAAGUGGGUCAAGAAAUAUGACAGAUCUUCCCUCAAGAUCUUGGGCUCAGUAGGAGAACCCAUUAACACAGAAGCAUGGGAGUGGUAUUUCAAUGUGGUUGGAGAAGCACGCUGCCCAGUAGUUGACACAUGGUGGCAAACUGAAACAGGAGGCAUCUGUAUCUCUCCCCGUCCCUCCGACCCUGGAGAUGAGAUCCGCCCAGGUCUGGCCAUGCGACCAUUCUUUGGUAUCAGCCCCUGUCUUCUGGAUGACAAGGGCAACGUCCUAACAGAGAACGAUGUCUCUGGAGCCCUCUGCAUCUCUCAGGCCUGGCCAGGAAUGGCACGGACUAUUUACAAUGACCACAAGAGAUUUUUGUUCAUGUUUCUGACUGCCACAGGAUUUUUCUUUACUGGUGAUGGCGUCUAUCGUACCAGCGAAGGAUACUAUCAACUGACAGGACGACUGGAUGAUGUCAUAAACAUCAGCGGGCACAGGCUGGGCACAGCAGAGGUGGAGGAUGCUGUGAAUCAGCACGCAGCAGUGGCAGAAUCAGCUGUGAUUGGCUACCCUCACAACAUCAAAGGAGAAGGGGUUUAUGUGUUCCUUGUGUUGAAAAAGGGCAUUUAUAUCUCUCGUGAGACUCUGACAGCUGAUCUCCAAGAGCUGAUUUCAAAGAAGAUUGCAAAAUAUGCAGCCCCAGAGUAUGUUCAGAUCACGAGCAGGCUACCCAAGACCCGCUCAGGAAAGAUUAUGCGUCGUGUGCUGAAGAAGAUUGUAGAGAACAAGGCCCACCAGCUUGGGGACCUGACUACCUUAGAGGACUACGAGGCUGUGCAGAAGAUCAUUGAGGAGCAUAAAUGCCUCCUGCAAGGGGAGCAAAGCCAGUAACAGCAGCACAAUCAGCAGGCUCCCUGUUUCCUUUCCCUUCGCUCCCACCGAAUUGGCACCAGACACAGAAAAAGCCAGUUACCAAGCACCAGCGAGUCAGCUUCACCUCUCACCCAUGGUUGCUGAAGACCCACAGUCCCCCUGAGAAGCUGACACUGUCUGGGGUGGCAGGGAUUGCUGCUGCCGGGAAACAGGGAGACAUGUAUCUGAGAAGUAGAUUCCAUAAGACCAGGUGGGCACAAUAGUAGAAUGACAGGAAGUGCUUCCUCACUGGGCAGCUGAGGGUGGGAUGCCCUUACAUGAGGCUAUUAUAAAGACAUUCCCUGCCUGUAGCUAAUGAAGGGGGCAGAGAUUGGUUAGUUUUGGGAUGGAGGCUUCCUUUUCAGCAAGGCUCCCCAGUCCAGUACACUCAUGCAUGACUGAUGGUGAUACCCAGAUCCUCCAGCUGCAUU